AGAAAGAAGCAUAAGCAGUAUGUUGAUAUCAAUGCCUGUUUGUUUUCAUUUAUUUUUAUCAAAAUGUAAAUAUUGCUACUGGUUUUGAGCGGUGUCUAUAUUUCAUUGCCAAAGGUAAUGGAUCAUAGCCUAGAGAAGUACGUGCCCAUCAUCGUUUAUGAUAGAAAGUGCAUUAUAUGCAUAUAUUAUAGCCAAACACUGUUUAUGAUAGGCUAUAAUUAAGCAAUAAGGCACUAGGGGGUCUGGCAUAUGGUCAAUAUACCAUUGCUAAGUAUACUGUCAGCAUUCAGUGCUCGAACCACCCAGUUUAUAAUAUAUGCAUAUAAUACACUAAACAUGUCAGAAGAGUUGGAGGAGGAUUAUGAUUGGAAAAAAGCUAGUCCGGGCAAGAAAGCACAAACUCAAACAAAAGACAAAGAAUUUAAAUUAAAGAAUGAACAAUGAUCUCAUUUGGUGGUAAAAUUAUCUCUUUUAUUUGUGCUUAUGUCAUGCAUACACAUUGAAAAAGUGCCAUUAAGUGAAUUCUACAGAAGCACACAAUUGUAUGUGAUGAAUGAAAAUAAAUGGGGCCUAUACAAUCAAUGACACCCUUGUAAAACCAUGGACUUAGGAACGCUCCAUGGUGCCUGGAUUUCAAUCAAAACAUCCGGAAAUAAGACUUCUUCCGCAGCAUAAACACUCAUUCAUUCAUCCUAAAGGCAUUUAGGCCUAAGACAACAGAUCUAUAGAUCUCGCUCUUGAAAAAAAAAAAAAGCAAUUUACGCACCAUAAAAGUAUUUAACAAUUGAAAAUUAAUCUUGAUAUGUUAUAGUCUGUUAGGUUUAUGUACUCUUGUUUGUAUAUUUCUGGGUUGCUUUUGUAUUUGUUGUGUUCAUAAUAAAAAAUACUUUGACAGUAGCUCGAGCCAUCUUCCAUGAACAAGCAGCCUGUAUGUAUCACAUGAUAUUUUGGCGUCUGGAGCAUCUACCAGUAUUUGCAUGACACCACCACAUAACAUUGAGCUAGGACUGAUAUGAGACCAAGAAGGUCUCCCAAGCAGUACCGUAAGACACCAAAAUCAGCAAGGGAUCACACCACGCUGUCCUUGUCAAGUACCCUGUUCUGUCACAAUGCUCUGAGUCACCUUCCCGUUGCAACAUGUACAUCACAGACCACAGCCCAACUACUGGGGUGGUGACAAUCGUAGUGAUCCUCAUUGCUGUUGCUGCCCUCAGUGUUCUCAUCUGCGGAUGUUGGUGCUACCUGCUCCUGCAGCGGAUUGGCCAGUCUGAAGAUGAGGAGAGUAUUGUAGGAGAGGGCGAGACCAAGGAGCCCUUCCUGAUGGUACAGUACUCCACCAGGGGCCAACACGUCGAGCACAAAACCAAGCUCGCCCACAACGGCACUGAGAAUCACACUAAACUGAGUCAUUAAGAAACUGUCAUCACCUAAUAUUAACCAAGAGGAUCACCUCAUUCACAUUUCCUGCUGAUCAUCAUCUUUCAUCGUGCCAUUGAAGGAUGAUAAACGGACUGCAGCUCAAUGUCUUAUGAGGAAAUGUGAUAUUUUUGUUUCUCAUUCCAUUGUGUGGAUCUCAGGAUGUGGGGUUGUGAACAGUUCAUUGGUAGGUUUCUUAAGUAUACAUAUUUUGAACUCAAAAAUGUACAUCUGAUUGAUGUUGAUAGUUUUUGUUAACUCAGCAAUCCACUACUGAAUUGUGACGGUAGACAGCGCUCUGAACAAAUGAGUGGGCAAAACCUUCUUUAGAGCUUGUUGGAAGAAUGUAUGACAAAUUGAUGACAAAACAAUUUACUUAAUAUCAAGUUGCUUAAAUGAAUUUGAAUUUUGCUUAAUUUGUUUGUUUGUUUUGCAUAGUUGAACUUGGUUUUAUUUACCUUCAGUAUUCAAAUGUGAGUUAAUAUCCAUUUUAAUAGUUUGCUUAAUGCCAGAUUUGCCCGAAGAUAAAAAGUGUGAUUCACUAGUUUAUGUCUGUUUGUCGCUGCUACUUACUAAAUAAUCUAUUUUCUCCUGUGGUUGCACAGAUAACCACUGAAAUAAAACCAGUCAUUGAAAGGGCAAUUCUUCUUUGAUAAACCAUCACAUUUCACAAGCACAACAAGGUCCCGGGUCUGAGUUUUAGUGAGGUUCGCACUCUAAAAUACUAUUUGGAGAACAGAAAAAAUUUGGCCAUGAUUACUACACAUUUAGAUAGCUGGCUAGACUAAUUUAACAAUCUAAAAAUGUAAUUGACAUGGGCUACUUGAGUGACAGUCAGUGAGUGACAUAUAAGAAGAGGGAAACUGCUGAUUCACAACCAAGUUCGAAAUUGCACCUUGUGUAUUUUACUAUUCUAACUCUCAACAGUAAGUUGAAACCCCAACUGUUCCUAAAAAAAUGAUAGAUUAUUAUAUAUUUUUUUAAUGUUGGCAAGGUCCGUACCUAGGUGUCCUCAUUUGUAGCUACAACACUGAGUAGCUGCUACAACUGACAUGGGUUGAGGAGUCCUGCCAAGAAGCUACCAAGAGCCAAUGACAUAUUUUCUAUAUUCAGUUGCAAUAUAGGAAAUCCUGAUGGCCAGAUUCUAUGGUAGCUGAGUAGGUUGAUAUUUGAUGAAACAAUGUUAUAAAGUAUUAUGAAAUGUAAAUAACAUUGUGAAGACUAUUGUUCUCUUUGUCAUUUGAUGUACCAUUGUAUCAUUUCUUGACUUGCUAAAUAAAGGUUCAAUUAAAAAAAUACAAAUCCACUUUAAAUGUUA